AUGCCUGGGCAAUUUGAGUGGUUUGAGUUCUUCAACCCCUUACAGUCCAUAUUCACACUAUUCUUACUGGAACUACGCAUUUAUACCCCAGAUGGUGCUGGAAAAAUACCAGAUAGCAUUGGAAGCUUAAAACAGUUGGAAGCUAUUGACCUCUCACACAACAAUCUUUCAGGUCCAAUUCCUCUGAGUCAGGCUUCUAUAACCUCAUUGAACAAAUUGAAUGUGUCAUAUAACAACUUGUCUGGAAAAAUUCCAUCAACCAACCAGUUCCAAACAUUUAAUGAUCCAUCCAUUUAUGAGGGUAACCCUGGACUUUGGGGGAGUCCAUUGCAAACCCCGUGCCUGACUGUCAAAAAUGGGAAAGUUGAAGGUUGUGAUGCCAAAGAUGACAACAACGAUGAGGAUGAUACAUUACCAUUUUACAUUAGCAUGGUAUUGGGAUUCGGGAUGGGAUUUUGGGUAGUAUUUGGCAGUUUGGUAAUGAAAAGGUCCUGGAGACAUGCCUACUUCAGAUUCCUGGAUAGAGUAGCGGAUUGCUUAUACAUCUUCAUUAAGCUGAACAUGGCCCGUUUACAAAGAAUGAUGAGCAAGGAGUGA